GACCACUUUUGCUCACGUUUGUGACUGAGCAUUCUCCAUUGCAUUAGUCUUUCAUCUCAACCUCGACAUUUUUUCCUAUUCGCAGUUUUUUUCAAUAUAUCAGAGGUAAGGUAGGCCGGUAGGGUCUUAUCAAUGUUAAUAGAAUUUUUGGAGUAACAUAACCGCCACUUUUGUUGUGCACUGGUAUAUUAAAAAUAGAAAUAAUAGUACGCACUACGCAUGCGUAACAUGCAAAAUCGUUUCUUUGCAACGGCAGGCGCAUGUGAGAAAGCUGUGCACAAUUAUUUCCAACGGGUGACUUAAAAUAGAUUGUCACAUUCCUACAUUGUGAGAACUUAUUGUAUUUAAGUGCACCUUUAAAAAUGGAAAGUGACAGUGACUAUGAAUCCGAAUUUAAACCACCCCAUCUUCUAAAAGUAGAGUUUAAUUCUCUACCAGAGUCUCUACCUGAACUUUCCAAAGCGAAGUAUGAAAAGGCAUAUAAAUGGUUCAUGGAUUGGCAAAAAGACCAUUACAACUCUUCCUCCUGUAGCGAAAAUAUCUUCGUAGAUUAUUUUAAAGAAAUGUCGAAUAAAUGUAAAUCGUCGACGCUAUGGGGGCACUAUUCAAUGUUGAGGACGACUGUUAACAUUAAUCACAAUGUGGAUAUUUCGAAUUAUUUAAAAUUAAAGGCAUUUCUCAAACAACAAUCGAGCGGCUAUCAACCUCAAAAGUGGAAAACAUUCACCUCGCAAGACAUUAACAAAUUUAUCACGCAAGCUCCCGAUGACCAGUAUCUUUUGGCAAAGGUCGCCUUAAUUAUGGGCGUAAUGGGCGGUUGUCGCAGGCAUGAGUUGCAUCAAAUGACAAUGUCAAACAUAAACGAUCUAGGAUCGGCCGUUAUAGUUACAAUUCCCAAUACGCGCACGAAAUUCUUACGAACUUUCACUAUAACUGGCUAUCACUACGAGUUCUUUAAGAAGUACGCAGAUCUGCGACCGGAUAACAUUACCGACUCUAGUUUCUUUUUAAAUUACCGCAACGGCAGAUGUGGCACAAUGAGAGUGGGUAUCAAUAAGUUCGGGGCUAUGGGUAAAGUAAUUGCAAAAUAUUUAAAACUGCCAAAUCCAGAGUUGUACACCGGCCAUAAUUUUCGCAAGUCGUGUGCGACGGUCCUGGUCGAUUCAGAUGAGUACUUGGCAUCUUCGCGAGCUAACCGAAAGAAAUCUGCCGAAUCAUGCGAAUUGAUCAGUUGCAAGCCGACUGCGGACUUAGUCGAGGAUGCAGCAGUUGUAAGAAAAGUCGAAAAUAUCUACGAGGAGUGUGUGAUGGAUGAUGACCCCUUAGACAUUAAGUAUGACGAAUUUAAUGAAAAUAAGUAUGUGGCAGCUGCAAAUAAUGCCCAAACUUCCAUAUCGCCAUCAAGCUCGAAAACGCAAUUAUAUGAAAAUCAGAGUAAUGUCAGUUUUGAGUACAAUUUGAAACACUUACCAAAAUUGAUUUUUAACAAUUGUACUAACGUUACUAUUAAUGUCAUUCAUAAUAACAAAUAAAAAUAUUGUUGCAAUUC